GAUUGAUUUGAUUAUGUAAUAAGAUUGUAGUUUACAACUGCUUUUUUUAAAUAUUAAUUUUUAUCUCCACCAAAAUUCGUACUUAGUAUAGGUAAUUAUUAAUUAACAAUACUCAAAUAAUGCCCCUCACAGGACCUUACUUUGAUUUUACCUAUACAUUUUACUAUACAUACUACCGUAUAAAGCUCCACGUGUUUGUUUAUUUCUUUGCGUUUUUAAAUUUGUUGGUAUCUAAAACAAUGGUAUGCUUUGUCUAGUUAUUAGUCAGCUUUAGUCCAAACAAUUUGUUUUAUAUACAAUAACAAAUAAUACAGAAUACGAUACGUAUAAAGGUUUCUGUACCACAGUCUGUAGCGUAUCUGUAAUGUCGAUAGCAUAAAACGUAUUCAUGUGCAUACGAGUUAGAAGGUGUGUUCGUGAAAUCCCCGGUAUUCUAUUUCUACGAUUUUCGCAAAAAUUUAUUUGUUACGUUUUUACAAAGUGUGAUUUGGUGCUGUAGUUUUUAAAUUUUCUGAAAAUGGCCGAGAAAGGAAAAAAACCCUUAUUACCCUCCGAUUAUGUAUGGGAACAAAACAUAGACAGUUUAAUAAUUUUUAUAAAAUUGAAAGACAUUGAAUAUCCACUUAUUAAGAUUGAAAAAAAUAAAGUAUAUCUAAAAUGUGUAGCAGAAAAAGAUAGAAAACUUUAUGAAAUGGAUAUAAAUUUAUAUGAAGAAAUUAAUAUUGGCAAUAGCAUAUAUAACAUACAAAGUGAUGGUAUAAGGUUUUUCUUAAAAAAGCAAAUAUUGUGUCUCUGGCCUUAUUUAACUCAAGAUCAUAAAGAUAAAAUAAAUGCAAGUGGAGGACAUAUUAUGGAAUAUUUUUUAAAAAAAUCACAAAAAAAUUAUGUACAAGAUGUUGUUGGAGUGGUAGAUACUGAUGAACAAACACCAAAAGAACAAGGUUCUGCUUUUUUUUAG